AUGAUUGGUAGCAAUGAAUAUAAAAACAAUACAACAUCAAAUAAAUGUCAAUUUUUAAAAAUUAAUUCAAUAAGUCUAACGCAUGAUUCAACGAUUGUUAAUUUAUGUAUAUCAGCAGCUUUUGUUGCUAGAG